CGUAUGCGCAAGAGCGGUCAGUCGCCUGCAACGUGUUUUCAGACCGGAAUAUGUUUCUGUUGUUUAUUUGCCCUCUACAAAAUGAUGUACAUGUUCCUCUCACCUAUGCUGUGGGCCGUGCUUGUCGGCACCGUACUAUUUCCAUUCAAAAAGAACGUCACCACUGUUGUUCAAGGUUGGUUGACUGAACUUCAAGAGAACAAUACCCCUUUGGUGGUCGGUGUUCUAGCUAUGCCAAUAUGCGCCCUGAAAUCAUUUUCUGAAAAAGUUUACUCAACGGCGACAAGCGCAACAGGGCUUCAAAUUGUGUGCGCUUACAUCGCUCUAAAGGUGCUUACCUAUGAGCGGACAUUCGCUUACGUAAUCGGAUUCCUGGGUCGAUUGUAUGGCUAUAUCGAUGGCUUCAUUGUCUUUUUCUCGGAGGCUUGGGUAUUUCCUCUGAUGACUUUGUACUUUUGUGCAUAUACCGCAUGGAUCUUUGUUCAACGUCCUGGAACAGUUAAUAAGAAGGUUGCGCGAGUGCUCUCUUUGCCGUUGUGGAUAUACGUGCUUUCCGCGAUCUCUCUGUACUUUGGCGUCUUUAAAGCGGCAGUGUUUGCUGCUUGCUCCGUGGUCUUGGGUCUUCUGUCAGCUGGCGUGAAUAUCGAAACUGAAAGCGAAACGGCGAAGUUGAUCGAAAAACCUCACGAAGGUAGUGGGUUACGAACUAACUAUGAUAUGUACUCAUUUGGUUUAUCCUGUCCAGUUUAUUCCACAUGUUUAGUUAUUGAUCGGAAGUGCCCUUUUACAGAUACAACAUCCGUGGUUUCCCUUGACAAAGCGCUUGGUAGCGACUCGCUUAUUCUAAUUGUUGCUGGUUUGUGCGCCUUGUCUUGGAUGGUGCGACAUGAUUCUGCACUUCUUUUCAUUGCUAUACCCUUCUUCAUAGCUGCUAUCAGCAAAAUAGCAGUCGGUGGAGCUCUUAAUUCUUUAUGGAGUAAAGUAUACCCUCCGAUCAAGAAGGUCAUUGAUAUAUCAGUCGCCGGUUCUUUGCGAAAGUUCGUGAAGGUGCUAUUUACUUCCGAUCAGAUGCUGGCUUCAUCUCUGCAUGACAAAAUGGAUGUUCUCUCAUCUGUAGUCGUCAUGGGCUUUCUAGCAUUUUUUGCCCUUCUCACCGUGUUAUUCGUUGGAUUUCAACUUCACAAUGAAACGGUGCACAUCAUUCGACUUUCGUCGAGCAUAAUCAAUUCUCGACCGGACUGGCUCAGUGCUGCGAGGAACUUNUGCAGAUCUCUUCUUCAAUAUGCUGGCUACGAACAAGGUCGCGCAUGGUUAGCAUCGAACGUGCGUUCUCUGGUGCCUCAGGAUACCGUGAGAGCGGAUAUGCUCGAGAAACAAGUGAUGCAGAUUGUGGACAAUCUGUACAAAAUGUGGGAGGAAAGGGACACCACUGCUUCACCUGAAGGUGAAGUACGAGACUGGAAAGCGCAGUUAAUGUCAGUCACUGAUUUGCGUGCAUUCAAAGAGGAAAUCACUCUCAUAGUGAAGGAGAAUCUUGAUACUUUGAUGGGUGUAGCUCGUUCAAUAUGGUCUGUGCUGUCAGUGAAUCUUACUUUCGUUCUAUCGCUGAUGGCUGCCUUGGCUGGGCUUUUGUUCAGCUUCGGAAUGGACAUACUUAACACCAUUAUCGAAAUAAUUGUCUUCCUCACGAUGGUCUACUAUCUUCUGUCAGCAUCCAGGGAAAGAUGGUUACCGAUUCAGUGGUUUAGCGAUAUGUCCGAUGUUACUGGUGCAAUAGAGCAAGCAAUUUUCGGAGUUUUCGUGUUGUCUUUAAAGAUGGCCGUUUUCUAUGGGCUGUAUACAUCAUUCACUAUAUUUGCAGUGCUUGCUGCUCUCUUCGCCGCCAUUCCGAUUAUGCCGCCGUACAUUGUGGCCAUUUUUGGAUUUUUAGAAUUGUGGCUGGUGCGAGAUGAGUUGUCGGUAGCGAUUGUGUUUGCCAUUAUGUCGUUUGCACCGCAUAUGUAUGUGGAUGCUGCUUUCUACAGAGAAGUAAAGUUCUCUCAUCCUUAUGUGACUGGCCUGUCAAUCCUUGGAGGCAUGUAUUGGCUUGGAUUACAGGGAGCGAUAAUCGGACCGAUAAUACUCUGCUCGUUCUUAGUUCUUAUUAACGUCUACAUGCAGUUCGCGAAACCGAAGGGAGAAAAGAUGAAGACAGAAGUAAAGUAUGUAGUAUGU